AUGGAUAUUAAUGCUUUAGCGGGCAUUAUUGGUGGUAUAAGUAAUAUGAUACAAAAUAAUGUUGAAACAAUUAACGUACCAUCCUCACAAAUUAUGGGCCGUUGGUACCAGGUGUAUAAAGCGGCGAUAAAUUUUGAUGUAUACCGAACUGAAAUGUUUUGUCCAGUAGCAUACUUUAAACCAAAUUCGGUAAUGGGGGAAGAUGGUUUUUCAAUUGAAGAAGCAUAUCGAGUAGUGACAAAAAAUGGUCCAAUCGAGACGUAUAAAAGAGAUUUGAAUAAAGUUGGUGCUGGACAAUAUUGGAUGUAUACUGAAGAAUACUUUUACCCCAGACAAUUUUAUAUAAUCUUUGUUGGUCCAAACUACACUAAUAAAACAGAUAAAAUGGAAAAAGACUCACUAUAUGAAUACAUGGUUGUGACAGAUGCAAAUAGGCUAUCAUUAAGUGUUUACGCUCGACAUCCCAUGAUCUUUUAUCGGAAAUACAAUAAGGAAGUUGUGGAAUUUCUGGAAAAAGCAGGUUUUGGCGGCAAAGUGUUCUGGAAUUCGCCGAAACCUAUCUAUCAAGGUGCUGACUGUGAUUGGCCAUCCGAGAAAGAAGUAUUUGCUAGACGGGUGCUCAAAAAUCAAGAAGCAGCGCAAAGUGAUGGAUCGAUAGAUUCCACAAAAUCGAAAUUAUUCGGUGUUGGAGCAAGAUCAGAAAGCGAUCACAGUCCAAUAGCUGAAAUGUUUCAGAAUCCUCAACUUGCACUGCAAAAACUAGUGCAAGGGCACUGA